GCGUGGGAAGUGGAAGGGAAGGGCAGGGACGAGGCGAGUUCCUGGGGCCACGCGGCAUCGGGCGGGAAGGGGAGCUGAGCCCCUGCUGGGUUCGCCCCAUCCAUAGCUCUGAGCUCGACCGUGUUCCCUGCCCCGAGCUCGGGCAGCCCCGCCCCGGAAGCGAGCGGCUCGGCGCCUGCGCUGUGGCCCGGCUGGGCUCCCGGCUUUCCCGGCAGCGAGGCUGGCGGCCCCGAGCGCCCCGCUGGGCAGAGGAAGAGGCGCGAAGAGGGCUGGGGCGGCGGGUGUCUCUGCUGCGCAGGCCCGAGCCCGUCGCGCGGGCGCCGCCGCCUGCCCGGCCCGCCAUGGUGCGGUUCCUGCACGUCCAGAACCGGCAGCGGGCGCCGCCGCCCAUCUGCAGCGACUGCCCCGCCGUCCAGGCUGAGGCAUCUCCAUACUCUUUACUUGACAUCUCUUUGAAAGCGCUGACUGCUGACCUAGAGAAGUUUUGUACUGAGAGGCAAGAUGGAACACUAUGCUUGAAAGAAUCUGAAAGACUUCCCCAAGAAGUAGCUGAUCGAUUGCUGCAGACUAUGGCAUUUCAUGAGCUGCUGAAUGAUGGAACUGUGGGCAUUUUCCGAGGUAACCAAAUGCGCUUGAAACAAGCUUGCAUCCGGAAAGCAAAAAUAUCUGCACUAUCUUUCAGAAAAGCAUUCUGCCAUCAUAAGCUAAUAGAACUUGAUGCUACAGGGAUGAAUGCAGACAUUUCUAUUGCGGAUAUUGUAAGCGGACUUGGUAGCAAUAAGUGGAUCCAGCAAAAUCUUCAGUGCCUUGUACUGGACUCCUUAAGACUUUCCCUGACAAAUCCAUAUGAAAGGUGCUUCAAUCGAUUGUCUGGUCUUCGUACUUUGAGCAUUACCAAUGUUCGCUUCCACAAUGAGGAUUUAGUGGAGAUUGCUUCACUUCCAAGGCUGGAAAGUUUGGAUAUAUCCAACACUUCUGUCACUGACAUAACUCCACUUCUUGCCUGUAAGGAUCGACUUAAGUCUCUCUCUAUGCAUUAUUUGAAGUGUUUAACAAUGACUACGCCCCAAGUCUUGGAUGUCAUAAGAGAACUAAAGUAUUUGAACCACCUUGAUAUUUCGGACGAUCAGCAGUUUACAUCUGACAUACCAGUCUCUUUACUAGAGCAGAAAGACAUCCUACCUCACCUAGUGUCUUUGGACAUUUCUGGCAGUAAAUACAUUACUGAUGAAGCUGUAGAAGCAUUUGUCAAACAGCGACCUGCAAUGCAGUUUGUGGGACUACUUGCUACUGAUGCUGGCUACUCUGAUUUCCUUUCUGGAGAAGGAAACUUGAAGGUAUCGGGAGGAGCAAAUGAGAUUCAGAUUUCUGAAGCUUUGAAGCGUUACAGUGAACGGUCAUACUUUGUGAAGGAGGCUUUCUUUCGUCUCUUCACCCAGACGUGUUUUAUGAGAAUAACUAAGCCUGAAAUCUUAAAGCUUGUGAUUAUUGGAAUGAGAAAUCACCCCUUGGACUUGGCAGUGCAGUUAACUGCUAGUGCGUGUUCUCUUAACUUAACUAGACAGGGUCUGUCUGCUGGCAUGCCUGUUCGUCUGCUGUCCGAUGUGAUCCAUUUACUACUCAAAGCUGUGGAAAACUUUCCUGAACAACAACAGCUGCAGAAGAAUUGCCUCCUUCUACUAUCUAGUGUCAGGAUCCUUCAAGAUGUUCCAUUUAACAGGUUUGAAGCUGCCAAACUUGUUAUGCAGUGGCUGUGUAACCAUGAAAAUCAAAAUAUGCAGAGGAUGGCGGUGAAUAUAAGCUCUAUUCUAGCUUUGAAGCUUUCAUCUGAGCAAACAGCCCAACUUAGUGCAGAGCUCUACGUCGUUGUGGGGGAACUUCUUGAAAUAGUUGAACAGAAAACAAAUUUGAAUGAAGUAGAUACUACUUUCAUGUUUACCCUUAGUGCGCUUUGGAAUCUCACUGAUGAAUCCCCUACCACGUGUAGGCACUUCAUUGACAACCAAGGGUUAGAACUCUUCAUGAGAGUUUUAGAGUGUUUUCCAUCUGAUUCAGCUAUACAACAUAAAGUUCUUGGCCUUCUGAACAAUGUAGCAGAAGUGAGAGAGCUUCAGUCUAAACUAAUGUGGAAGGACUUCAUAGACUGUCUUAGUGAAUUAUUGUGUAGUGCUGAGAUAGAAGUCAGUUUCUUUUCAGCUGGGAUUAUUGCUAAUUUACUAUCUAGAGGAGAGCAGGCCUGGACACUGAGUCAAACCCAAAGAAAAUCUCUGAUUGAACAACUGCAUUCAACCAUUUUGAAGUGGCCAGCACCAAAAUGUAAGAUGAUAGCAUUGGUUGCCUACAGAUCCCUUAGUCCUUUCUAUCCAUUACUUGACUGCUUCACGAUAUCGGGGGUUCAGCUGUGGGCAGUGUGGGCCAUGCAGCAUGUCUGCUGUAAAACUCCUGCCAGGUACUGUAGCAUGUUAAUUGAAGAAGGUGGCUUGCAGCACUUGUAUGACAUCAAAGAAAACAAUCAGACUGAUCCAGAUGUCCUGCGAAUCAACAGUGAGAUACUAGACACUGUAGAGACACACAUGAUGUACUAUGGGAGACCUAAAGGUUUAAAGAAGCCACAAACCAAAUCAAAUGGAUAGUUGUAGGUAUAACUCUAAUUUUUUCCUUUGUUAAAAUCCUUCACAAACUGUACUGAGAAUAUCUGGUACGGCUGAUCACUGCUUAAGAUGGGCAUUCCUAUAAGAGUACUGCUGCUUGCGUUGAGGGCUUGUACAGCCAGAAUCCUCUAGGAAUGGCUCAUUUUGUGACUUGACUUUUGAGGUGGGACAUCAUGAGGCUUUGGGAUAGAUUUUUAAAGGUAUUUAGGUGCCUAAAGAUGUAGAUAGGUGUGUAGAUUCUUCUGAAAAUCCCACCAGAUGCUUAUCUGCAUCCUCAGUUGCCUAAAUACAUUUGAAAAUCUGGCCCUUCACACCCUUCAGUUACUGUUUGGAAACUGCUCCCAUUUGGUUAGUCAGGCAGGGCUUGAGCAGAAUGCUAUGUGCUUGCAAGUCAGCAUUUUUACACUCAAGUCUUUGUGCUCACUUUUCACUGUGACCAAAGUGUGCCAAGGGCCAUCCCCAACUGAAUCUUCAAAGUCACUUGUUCUGUUUCUCGUAAGCUGUGUCCCUUUUCUAGUCUUGCCAACACUGGACCACUAUCCUAUUCUUUCCAUGCCGCAUCAACAAUGUUUGGAAUGAUAUCUGUGGUGUAGAAAGGAAUAACUGGAUCAGCUCCACUAGAGGUAUGCAAUAGGAACGGCAGGAGAAAACUUUAAAAAUUAAUCAAAAGUUAGGAGUAGAGAGCUUCUGCACACCCUCACCAAAAAACCAAAAACAAACCAAACAUGAAACUCAGUGGUAAGAAAAUACCUGAGAUUACCUGUUUCUAAUAUAGUACGCAGAAUAUUUGGUCUGUUUACAGGCAGACUAACUAUUGCUUUAGUGUUUCCAAAUUCUGUCUUUAGCAGUGCACAUGCUUUCCCACUGACUUUAGUGGGAGUAAAAUACAGGUCAUGGGAGGGUAGAAUUUGACUGUGUUGUGCAGUGAAUUAUAUCCCCAAAGAAUUAUAGUUGAAAAUAUCACCAACGUUCUGUGUAAAUCUUAUUGCUAUGAAAUUGUAAAUUUAAAAUUUAACUAUAAUGGGAGUCUUCCAAAGGCUUUUUUAAGUUUUCAUAUAAUAAAAUAUAAAAAGCAGGUCUAAGACUAGCACUUACACAUGUAUGGAAAUAGUUCUGUUGAAAGAAAUGGAGACUGUGCAACAUGCAAGCGUCUUGAUUUAAGUGUAAUCGUUGAAGUAAAUGGUGCCAUGAA